AUGGUCUUUGGCCGUUCAAGUCACUCAAAGAGACCGCCAUCUCCAAAACCGCCGCCGAAACCACCACGUCCAAAUCAGCGACAGGGCGCAAUAGGGGUACAGCAAUAUGUCCAUCCGCCAUAUGCGUCACCGGGGGCGUAUUCAGUCAACACAUUUCAUACACCUACAGUCUCAUAUCAUCCAAAUAUGGCAAUGUCUACGGUGCAUCUACAACCUCAACCAGCACCACAACCACACUAUCCUCUCCCAGGAGCUGUAAACUGUCUGCCAUGGAACCCUCAACCACCGAAACCCUCAAAAUGGACGUCAUGUACGAAUCUGAACCAAUCGAUGACCAACUUAGUAUCGCAUACAGUCGACAAAACCAACGCCACGAUUCUUGAUCUCGAGAAUUUGGUCCGCCAGAGUUUGGGCGGCGGCGCAAAUGUCAAGGAAGCGACAUCGCGGUUAUUAGAUCAAGUUAUCACCUCGAUCGAUCUAGGGUCGUUUUGUGGGAGAGAAAAUGAACUGAUUGCUGCUUGUACAAUUCCUUCCCAGUCAGACGAGAAGAAAGAUCGCCGAUCACAGCGGAAAGGAAAAAAGCCAACAGGGUCUGUGGAUUACUUCUCCAAGGUGUACCUGUAUGCCAAUUCGCGAUUACCUCCUCACUUAACACCACUGAAAUUUUAUCCUCCAACAUAUCCCCUCCUCCAACUCGCAGCCAAGUACUCGCGCCGUGUCUACGACAAACCCUCAGGCCGCGAACGACAUUCAUACGUGAACUCAGAUUGGCUACAGGGUACCAAAGCCAUGGUGGUCAAGUCACUACCACUCGACGACAUGAACACGAUUGUCUUCGCCAUACGCGGUACGCAGAGUUUCCUGGACUGGGCCGUGAACGUUCACACGGCACCAACACCUCCCAUCGGCUUCCUAGAUGACCCAUCCAACUGCUGUCACUCGGGAUUCCUAUCCGUGGCCCGAAAAAUGGUUGCCCCCGUCGCAGCCCGACUACGUAGUCUUCUCGAAGAAGAUCCCUCACGCAUGUCCUAUUCACUAGUCUUCACUGGUCACUCCGCUGGCGGGGCCGUCGCCAGCCUGCUAUAUCUACAUCUCCUAUCCGAGUCACCAGCCGUGCAAUCCGAACUUACUCAUCUCCGCGGCUGCUUCAAGCACAUUCACUGUGUUACAUUUGGUGCUCCGCCCAUCUCUCUUCGUCCGUUACAGCUCUCUCUUACUGCCCGGAGAUCAAAGUCCAUAUUCUUCGCUUUUAUCAACGAGGGUGACCCGGUCUCCCGUGCCGACAAAGGCUACUUUCUCUCGUUGCUAGAUCUGUAUGUUUCGCCCGCACCGGGGUCACUACUAGCCUUGUAUGACAGAAAGAAGAAAUCUGCUCCUAUAUAUUGGAGGACCCCUUCAUCUGAUCUGUCACUCGCUGGUCGACUUGUUCUUCUUCGUCCACGAGAUCAAUCGAGUGGCCGUCCUAUGAUUCUAGCACCACCAGUCCCUGGUGGCCCGCCUGCCCUGCCACCGCGGGAAAAUGUGGAUGCUUGUGGGAUUACAGACCAUGAGCUCCGAGGUGUGGUCUUUGGUGACCCCGUUAUGCAUUUUAUGGAUUUGUAUUCCCAUCGCAUCGAUGCCUUGGCCAGAGGUGCCUUGAAGCAAUAA